UCACACUGUCGUCUCCAUUGAAUUAUCAUAAAUUAUGACCCUACCAACACGACCAGCACCGGCACCACCAGGAUCCCGGGCACAAGUUGCCGCCGCCACAGCCAAUGCAAGUCUUGAACAAUUGCGUUUACAAUUGCAGCAACAACAACAGUUGCAAAGGCAAAAUUCCAUUGGAGCGAAGCUAAUCAAAUUACCACCACCGCCGAAAGUUCCUCAGCCGCCACAGAAUGGUGGUAUAAAUGGCAUUGGUGCUGCCAAUGGUUCGAUAACCCGAAAAUUUCCUCAGGCACGUUAUGCCCCGGCUACCAAUUGGGAUGAUUCACCAUUCGAUCUGUUGGGAGGGGUGGGCACAACCUCGACAACAACAACAACCAGUGGUAAAAAGCCACCACCACCACGGCCACCACCACCCAAAAUACAACCCAAAAAGAAUCCUGCACCCACACCACCUCCCCCACCCGCUACUUCCAUUCAGCAUUCAUCCAGCGGUUCAAAGAUAUUGAGCACUAUUUUUCAUCGCAAAAAGUCCUCAAGGGCACCAACACCGAAUUCCUCGGCCAGGAUUUAUGGUACGGCCACUUAUGGCACAGCGGUGACGGGUUCAACGGCCAACUCCACAACGGUUACAACCAUUAACAAUAACACAAAUUCUUGGAAAAGUGCCUGGAAUACCCCACAGAAUGGUAGUAGUACCACCACCCACACAACAACCCAAAACGGUGAACCGCAACUCAUUAGCUUCGAUUCACCACCAAGCUCACCCACAUUUACCCAAAAAUCCAACAGCGAUUGCCUUAGUGUGGAUAGCUUUAGUUCCGAUUCCAAUUUCAGUUCACCCCAAAAUGGUAGUGUCUCCCAACCGGAAAGUGGCUUUGAAGAUGAUUUUUCCGCAGCGGCUGCUGGCGGUGGACGUUCUCGACCAGCAACAACAUCUCCCCUAGAUCCCUGGGAAACGAUAGAUGCCUUUGGGCCACCUGAUCCGGCGGCUGUUCAUCAGGCGGCGGCGGCACCACGCUAUGGUCAAAUUGGUACGGCACCCGUUCGAAAUCUCAGUGUGGUCAAUACACGUGUACAAAACACUCCCGAUAAUCCGCUGUGUAAUGGUAAAAGCCUGGUGCCACCAGCGCCGACGUUGAAUAUGCCCACAAUUAUCAAACCGAAAAUCUCACAAAAACCGAAAGCUCCCAAACCGCCAACAUUGGCGAAACCAACAUCAUCAGCGAAUGGUUUGACGGGGCUAUAUUCGGAUUUGCCGACACCACCGUCGCCACCAAUGCCACAGUGUGCCCCACCGCCACCACCACCCCAAGUGGCAUCGACCGCGUACUCCUCCGCCCAGCCAACAGUUUCAUUGCUGGACGUCAUAUCGGGUAAAGUUGAUGCGUUACACUUGGAUACGGGCAUGAAUGAUUAUGGUGGCAGUGCUGCAAGCGAUGAGAGACCCUAUGGUAUAGCUUUAUAUGAUUUCCAAAGUACCGAAGAGGGUGAUUUAUGUUUUAGGGAAAACGAAAAAAUCUAUUUACUUGAACAGGUUAGUGAAGCGUGGUACAAGGGUCGCACACGUUCCGGCUGUGAGGGUAUAUUUCCCAUUAAUUAUGUUGAAAUUAAAGUGCCACUGCAAAGUACGGGAAAAUCACAAAUAUCGCCAUCGUUAUCAGCAACCUCAUCAAGUGCGGUAUCUCCAAACUAUUCAUCAUCUACAACAACAUAUGAUUCCACAUAUCAAACAGCAACAACAACAACAACAAAUAGUACAAGUAAUAACUUGCAAAUAAGAUGUUUAUACAAUUUCCCCGCCGAGGUGGAGGGUGAUUUGGCAAUAAAAGAAAAUGAAAUGGUCACCAUAUUGUAUAGAAUCAAUGAAGACUGGUUAUAUGGUGAGGUAAAUGGCCGUCAGGGACAAUUUCCGGCGAACUUCCUUGAAUAUGUGCCAUCCAAUAUACCAAUGCCUUAAAUUUAUAUAUACGAUUGAGUUAUUUUUUU